AUGGUCUCAAUCACAUCUUCUAAACCAGAAUCCGAAGAUCCUCAAGAUCCUAUUUAUAAAUUGUUAGAUCAGCAAGUUAAUUGCACAAUAAAUACAUCACUUAUGGCUACGGAUUUUAACGAAACAAUUAUUGACAAAUCAGACAUUUUUUAUGUUGUUGAUUCAAUAUCCAAAAAUAUUAAGUACAGAACAGAGAAUUAUUUGUUUAUGUUUUAUUCGGCUUUCAAAUUUCCAUUAUCAGGUAAAAGGAAACUAAGAUUUCAACAUGCAUGGUUUAUUCGCUGGAAUUGGCUAGUAUAUUCAUUUAAAGAACUUGGUGCUUAUUGCAAAUUUUGUGUAAUAUUUGGACAAAACGAUGGAGGUAGAGGAUGCCAAAAACUUGGCAAACUAGUGUUAUCUCCAUUUAAUAAUUGGAAAGAUGCUACUACAAAAUUCAAUGAUCAUUUGGAGAAAGAUUACCAUAAAUUGUCUGUUUUAAAAGCAGAUAGUGUCAUAGAUAUGUACAAAAACCAAAAAAAACCUAUUGAUGUUCAGUUAAAUGAUUAUUUAAAGAGUGAAAUUCAAAAUAACCGGGAAAAAAUUAAGCCAAUUAUUGAUACUUUAAUACUUUGUGGUCGCCAAGGUUUAGCAACGAGAGGACAUCAUGAUUCUGGUCGCAUUGAUGUUGAAAAAGAGUUAAAUGACGAAAAUGAUGGAAAUUUUCGGGCAUUACUUCGCUAUAGAGUAGAAGGUGGUGACUUGAUGUUGAAAAAACAUUUAUUGGAAGCACCAAAUAAUGCUACUUAUUUGAGUGGUAAAAUGCAAAACGAAAUAAUUAGCGUAUGUGGAAUGAUAAUUCAAAAACAAAUUAUUUCAAAAAUAAACCGAGCUAAAUGUUUCUCAAUUUUAGCAGAUGAAACUGCUGAUGUAUCCGGUGUAGAACAAUUUUCUAUUUGUGCAAGAUAUUAUGAUGAAGAUUUGAAGAAAUUAAGAGAAGACUUUUUAGUAUUUGUACCUGUUACAGAUGUUACUGGAAAAGGGUUAGCUACAAAAAUAUUAGAAACUCUAAGUUGUUUAAGUUUAGAAACAAAAUAUUUAAGGGGUCAAGGAUAUGAUGGUGCGGCAUCGAUGAGUGGUAGUUUUAAUGGUGUAAAGGCACACAUUCUUGAAAAGUAUCCAUUGGCGUUUUAUAUACACUGUACUUCGCAUAGCUUAAAUCUUGCAGUUUCUAAUGCUUGUUCAGUGAAAAGUGUACGGAAUACUAUGGGAAGUAUUCAAGAAAUAUGUGUCUUUUUUAGAACUCCCAAACGUCAACAUGUGCUGGAAAAAACUAUUGAUAAAGUUUUACCGUCAACUAAUAAGAAACGUUUGAAAAUGAUGUGCCCUACUAGAUGGGUUGAACGCCAUGAUGCCAUUCUAGUAUUUAUUGAGUUAUAUAAAGCUAUUUUAGUGGCAUUAGAUGAAAUAAGUGAAUGGGAAGAUAUUGAUACAUCAUCAAAAGCUAAACGACUUAUGAUAAUUAUUGAACAACCAGAAUUUAUUAUAACAACACACAUCAUUGGAAGAGUUUUCUCUGUAAGUAUGCCUCUCAGUCGCCAACUUCAGACAGAAAAUAUUGAUUUUUUAACAGCUUUAAAAGUAGCAGGAGAUGUUCAACAAAUAUUACAAAGAUUUAGAGAAAAUUUACAUGAUCGAUUUAUAAAACAUAAUAAAUUAUUGCAAAGUUUUAGUUGUAUUCUACCUGGCUAUAAAAUGCAUUCAGGAACUGAUCAAGAUAUUAAAUACCUCAUUGAUACAUAUCAAGAGGAUUUGAAUAACAGUAGCUUAGUUAUAACUGGAGAAUUAUAUUUAUGGCAAGAAAAGUGUAAUGAGAUUCAUGUUUCAAAAAGCGCUCUUGAUGUAUUUGGUGAAUGUGACAUAAUGAUAUUUCCACACAUACACAAAUUAUUAAAAAUUUUAAUAACCCUACCAGUUACUACCGCAACUGGUGAACGAUCAUUUUCUACAUUAAAGCGUUUAAAGACUUAUUUAAGGAAUUCUAUUGGAAAAGCAAGAUUAAACGGCUUAGCUCUGAUGAACAUUCAUCGAGAUAUUAAAAUAAAUACAGAUGAAGUUAUUAAUGAGAUGAGUACAAAAUCUAGGCGGUUAAAUUUCCGUUUGGAAUAA